AUGAAGUCCUGCGUUGUAGCCGCUGCCUGCGUGGCCGGAGCCCAAGCCUUCGUGGCACCCAGCGCGUUCAACGGCGCCGCCGUCGCCACCCCGGCCAAGUCGUCCUCCGCCAUGAAGAUGUCUUUCGAGUCGGAGAUCGGCGCGCAGCCCCCGCUCGGAUUCUGGGACCCGCUCGGCCUCCUCGCCGACGCGGACCAGGAGCGGUUCGAGCGCCUCCGGUACGUGGAGGUGAAGCACGGGCGCAUCGCUAUGCUCGCCAUCGCCGGUCACCUGACCCAGCAGAACGUCCGCCUCCCCGGCAUGCUGUCGAACUCGGCGGACCUGUCGUUCGCGGACAUGCCGAACGGNCCGGCCAAGUCGUCCUCCGCCAUGAAGAUGUCUUUCGAGAGCGGUUCGAGCGCCUCCGGUACGUGGAGGUGA